GAUUGUAAUCUGCAUCUUCUCCAGCAGCACAGCACGCAGUUAGGACUUAGGUGGGUGACCACCUGAGGGUUCCUGCGUGCCCCUCACUCUUCAUUCGCAUAGUAGCUGACGACCUACACUUUGCUGAUCGUCGACUCACUUUUUAUCUCGACCAGGUUUAUGAUUAUACCUAACGAUGUAUGAAGCCAAGCAACAUAAAGUGUCUGCGACAACAUAUUUGAUAAAGAAAUGGUAGAAUUAUGAGGAACACUUCUAGGUGUGAAAAUGUGGCUGGUGGACACUUCCUGUGACAAGAAAAUGAGGGCAAAAAAUGCAGAAAAAUAUUUUGUUUUUUAUCGAAGCACACCUUAAUAUUAAUACUGACGUUUUAGAGUGAAUUUUUUACUUUGCGACAAAAUGACUGUUACGUAUUCUUUGGAUGUUGCCAAGACGACUUUCGGCGGUCUGACCAAGCUUUUGGCCCGGUGGAGAGGAAGCAUCUACAAGAUACUGUGGAGAGAGUUCUUAGUGUUCUGCCUCGGCUAUACUAUUAUCAGCGUGACCUACAGAUUCUACAUGAAUGAGCAGCAAAAAUUAGUGUUCGAGAAAGUUGUUACUUAUGUGGAUACUUUCACAGAUCUCAUCCCUCUGUCUUUUGUGCUUGGUUUCUAUGUUUCUCUUGCCAUCGGACGGUGGUGGUGUCAAUAUGAAACAAUUCCAUGGCCGGAUAGACUUUGCUUCAUGAUAGCAUCCUACGUGCAUGGUUCUGAUGAACGUAGUCGAAUGAUUCGAAGAACUCUAGCGAGAUACCUUUUGCUUGUCCAAGCGCUUACAUUCCAGGCAGUAAGCACGGCUGUCAAAAGAAGGUUUCCCACUUUGCAACACUUCGUUGCAGCAGGUAUCAUGACGAAAGAAGAAUUGUCCUUAUACGAGAAAGUCACAUUUUCUUAUGGCAAAUGGUGGUUGCCCUGUCACUGGUUCACUGCCUUAGCAACGAGAGCAAGGAAAGAGGGAAGAAUUAAGGAUUCUAUUCUCUUGAAUGGCUUGUUCAAGGAACUCUUCAUUUUCAGAACUUCCUGUUCUAUUAUGAUAGGAUAUGACUGGAUUAGCGUGCCUCUAGUUUACACUCAGGUAGUAACUUUAGCCACUUACAUGUACUCGGUUGCUCUUAUGGUAGGCAGGCAAUACCUGGAUCCUACUAAGGGCUAUCCUAAAAAUCAAGUGGAUCUCUAUAUACCUCUUUUCACUUUGCUGCAGUUCUUUUUCUACGUAGGAUGGCUCAAAGUUGCGGAGCAGAUCGUAAAUCCAUAUGGAGAAGACGACGACGACUUUGAACUCAACUGGUGCCUGGACAGAGCAGUUCAUAUUGCGUACUUGAUCGUGGACAAUAUGCAAAUGAAGCAUCCAAAAGUGAAAAAGGACUUCUUCUGGGAUGAACCGGAGCCACGCCUUCCACAGACUAAGCACUCAAUGAAAUACAUACUUAACCCUCAGCUUGGAUCAGCCUUCAGUUUAAAUGUUGACGAAGCUGAGUAUCUUCCAAUGGAUAUUUUGUUAGAAGAAGAUGAUGAAGGAAACAUUUAUAAAAGUGGUUCUAUGAAGCACUCUGGCGCAGACGGAUUCAGAUCUUCUUUCAUUUCAAGGGUUAUGAAUUCAAGAUUCGGCCAGAGUCUUCGCAAGUCAUCAACUCGCAAAGGCAUCGUCAGAAGUACAUCGCAGCAGCCACAUGGUUUGGACAAUCCCGCGUUUUCCGCUACUCUUGAAAGAACUGGACCUUCAGCUCGUAACUCUCCGAGCAUGAGUCGAAAAUCUAGUUUGAAAAAUCUGGUGAGAAAAAUCAGCCCAUCCCAUAGUCGCUCAUCUAGUACAUCCUUUCGACCUAACAGUUUAAACUUACAUAGGCACAAAACGUAUGAACUUCAAGAAGCAGAAAAAAGGAACCUUCCGAACGGCGGAGUUACAGAAAAUGUAAAGCCGGCCGCUUACACUAAUCUGCCUGCCACAAGAACAGUAAGCGCUCCUGCUGUGUCCAUCACCCAGGAGGGAUACAGUUCAUACGAUGUUAAAGAAGAUAAAGAAAGCAGUUUGGUUUCAGAUACAGGAUUACAAAAACUGGACAUUGCAAUGCCUUCCAUACCGGAAGAAAACUCCAGAGCUCCUUCUAUAGGCAGUAUCGAAACUGGGAUUAUUGGGCUUGGCGAAAAACAGCUCAAGAAAGAUAAUGGAGUACAAGAUUUCGUGAGAGAAGCAAGUAAAGUUUUGAAAGAGCUCAGUAGGACGGUAUCUUCUCAACAACAUGAAUGCCAUUCGAAAGGUUACGAAUCUUGCUGUUCUGCAAACUCUAGUAUCAGUUCCGCUGAGGAAAGUAGUGAUGAUACAAGCAGUACUUUUACAGAAAAUGAGCAAGCUAACGAUUCAAUAACUAUUGAAAUGAGUGAGUCGAAAAAUGGUCAAGAAGGUAUUAAAAAUAUGAAUUCACAGCUUUCAUCAAAGGACAAAGCGGAUACGGGUGAUGAACAACACUAAGCACAAAAUGCAUUUAACUCUCAUAAAUAUGGUAUAUUAGAAUAUUUUUUGACAAGUAACAUCCAUUGUAUUAUGUACAUAGUAAAUAAUUAAUAAAAUAUAAGAAUUGA